CUCAUAUCUGAUAUCAUUAUCUCUCUCCCCAUUUUGGUUGUUAUUGCCACAACUAAUUCUAUAAGAGGUGAAAAAUUUACAGAAAAAUGGCUGAAGUUACGGGUUUAACUAAUUCGGAAGCUGAUGAAUUAUGCAAAACAGCAGAUCCUUCUACUAAGGAUUUCCUUUUCCAACAGACCAUGUACCGCAUUAAAGAUCCACGCAAAUCUUUGCCUUUCUAUACCGGAGUUUUGGGCAUGACCUUGUUGGUGAAAUUGGAUUUCCCCGAAGCAAAAUUCUCUUUGUAUUUUAUGGGUUAUGAAAAUCCCGCGGAUGUGCCAAAAGAUCAAAAGGAACGCACUAAAUGGGCCAUGAGCCGUAAGGCAACAGUUGAAUUGACACAUAAUUGGGGCACUGAAAGUGAUCCUGAUCAAUCUUAUCAUAAUGGUAAUUCAGAUCCCCGUGGUUUUGGUCAUAUUGGUAUUAUGGUGCCAGAUGUUUAUGCUGCUUGCAAAAGAUUCGAAGAAAUGGGCGUUGAUUUCGUUAAGAAACCCGAUGAUGGUCGUAUGAAGGGUUUGGCUUUCAUUAAGGAUCCCGAUGGUUAUUGGAUUGAAAUUUUCAAUGCCAAUACUGUUUGUUAAGUAUUGAAAUUUUGAUAAAUGUAUUAAAAUAUAAAAAAAAUACUGGUUAUUUUUUUACUCAAAUAAAUAAAAUGAUAUUUUUUACACUGAAA